GCAAUCUCCCAACUCAUCUCUGGCAAUACUUGGCUAAUGUCGAACAUAGAAUCAGUGGAAAAUAAAGGCCUUUCGAAACAAAAGUUUCAUUACUUUUUUAAAAAUGUCAGAUGAAUCUACAUCGAGCACCAAAACGUUUGCGGAGAAGCAAGCGGAGCGAAUGAAGCGCCUUAGAGAACUUCACUCGAAGCGGAAUGAAGCUAGACAGCAAAAUCACAUGGAGGUUGUUGAGGAGGAUAAGAGGAAGAAACUUCCAUCAAAUUGGGAAUCACGUAAGCGACAAGCUGAAUGGUUGAUGAAAAACGAAGAGGCGAGGCAGUCGGCGGAGGAAAAGGGAGUAGAUUACGAGAGGGAAAAAUUGCUACAUAUCGAUGCCAUCGAGGCAGAGCGCUUGGCAAGGAAGAAGAGAAAGAAGAAUCCAGAUCCUGGCUUUGCAGACUAUGAACAAUCAACGAUAAGGCAAUAUAAUCGUCUUGUUAAAAACAUGAAACCUAACAUGGAAAGUUAUGAAGAGGCUAAAGAAAAACUGGGUGGAGCAUUUUAUGGGGAUAAAAACACUAUUUUGCAAGGACUGCAUGAAGACAAGAAAGAUGCUAUUGACAAAAUGGUCGAAGAUUUAGAGAAACAAAUUGCCAAACGAGAGAAGUACAGCAGAAGGAGAAUGCACAAUGAUGAUGCAGACAUCGACUAUAUAAACGAACGCAAUGCCAAGUUUAAUCAAAAGUUGGAGCGGUUCUAUGGAGAACAUACUCGAGAGACAAAGCUCAACUUGGAGCGUGGCACGGCGAUAUAAACUAUUAACUUGUUAUCCUGUAUUGAUAUAGGUACCUGCAUAGGGAUACUUUUGUCUGUGAAAGUAUUCUUUAUACUUACAAUGGAUGUGAAUGUAACUAUAAUUAGAUUAUACAAUAUUUUUUGGGAUAUUGAAAAAGAAUUGAGUAUUCAUAAAUGACUGCACUUUGUCUUGGGAUCAACCAUCAAUUGAAACUAGGGAGAAUAAUUAAAAUCUUGUGAUAAUUUACCUGCAACGACGUUCGUGAUGAAUUUAUUAUUCAUAUUAAUCUGUGAAUACAAAAAUUACUGGAAUCUGAGCCGGUAUAAAGUCAUGUUGACUUCAUUGAGGUUCAGGGCGAGGACAUUCCAAAGGGUCGUUCCCGUCCAUCGCCUUUCAAGUUUCAUUUUAUGCUAAUGACGUAGAUAAAAAAGAAUUAAAUUAAUUACAUCGUUCCAUUGGUCACACAUCUCCUUAAUUGGUUAUUCAGUUAAUUCAUCUUUUUCUUCUUUUUCGUUUUCUUUAAUUAAAUUAUAAUAAUAUGUAUAUGUACAAGUUCCUUGAAGUGUACUAAUUCAGUUCACGUCAUACCACCCAACUGUGCACCGUUCCUGGAGAAGAUAAAUUAAUGCAAUGAUUUUUUUUUUCAAAGGUCAUAAUUUGUAGUAGUUACUUACGUCUAGGUGAAAAGUUGUGAUGAUGCGUGACCCGUAUAUGAAUAUCCUGUGUUUCACCUGGUAAAGAUAAUUAACGUUAAAAUCUUAAAAAUACGCUUGAUAGAACUUGUAAAAAUGAAAGGAUGAGCGUCCGGAAUUUAGGAGUCAUAUUUCAACAUGAUAUAAUUAUUAAGAUUAAGUAUACAUGAACAUUAUGAGAUAAAAAUAAAAAUAACAAAGUAUGACAAAA